AAAAAACCACCGCAAUCUUUUCUUGUUUUUCUUCCGAUUUGAUAAAAAUCACAUCUCUCUUCGCUCUCUGAAAAUCCACCGGAAAAAUCAAACUCCCUUCUCUCUCAUCACACCGGAAUCUGACGUUCUCUCGCCGGAAUCCGGCGCCGAUUAGCCGUCCUAUUUCCCGAAAUAUUCUGAAAAAUCCGAAAAAUAAGAAAAAAAAAAAUCUCUCAUUUUCUGCCUUUUCUCCGUUCUACCCUUUGAGCACCAUCGCUCGACUCUCCCGCCUCUAAGCGCACGAUUAUUAACCUGCGCACCCGGCUCUCCCUAUAUCCGAUCCUCUUCCAUCCCAUCUUCUCGCCUUUAAAGGACGAGUUUUGAAGUAGCGUUAAGAGGAUUUCCAUGUAAGGGAUGGCGUUUUUCAGAAACUAUGAUAAUGGCACAGUAUCUGGCCACCUUACUGAUGACGAAGGACUGGACAGUGGCAUGGAUAGAGUUCAUAGCCAGGUCGGGAAUGGGGAUGUAGAUGCGAGUUCGAGUGAAAAGGAUGUAGACAUGAAGGUCGAUGACCAAUACCGGAGUGAGGAGGAACGGGGCGAUGACAAUGACAGUAGACUGCAAAAUGAGACAGAUGGCGGCGAUGCCAUAGGAAGUAGAAUGCAGAAUUUGCAGCCAUCUGGAAGGAGAACAGCUUUGACGGGAAAAUGGGGUUCGUCUUUUUGGAAGGACUUCCAACCUAUGCCCACUCGAGAAGGAUCUGGAUCUGAACAGGAUUCCAAAAACAUGGAUUCUGAUUAUAGAAGUGAUGAAGGAUCUCCUGGUAAUUCCCCUGCUGUAAGGAAAGAUGGGCUAGAGUCGGAGGAUGAUGACGGGCCGAAUGAUGCUGAAGAGGUUCAGAGGGGCCAGGCUGAUGUGCCCACAGAUGAGAUGUUGUCUGAUGAUUACUAUGAACAGGAUGGGGAUGAGCAGAGUGAUUCGUUGCAUCAUAGAGAGCUGAAUCAACCUCGUGCUUCUGGUUCGAGACAGCCAUCAAGGCCCAUUGCUGGCAACAAAAAUGUUUCAAGGAAUAAAAAGUCUGCGAAGUUCAAUGAAUAUGAUUAUGAUGAUGAAUGUGGUGAAGAAGAUUACGAUGAAGAUGACCCUGAAGAUGCAGAUUUUGAGCCUGAUUAUGGAGAGACUGGCAGCAGUACAAGGAACAAGGUGAAAGGGUGGGGAAGUGAUGAUUUUGAUGAAGAUGACGACGACGACGACGAAGACCUUGAUAUCUCAGAUGAAAUUGAUAUGGAAUUUAUUGAUAAUCCUCGCCGUAGAAGACAGCGUAAAGGUGGACGCAGUUUAAAGUCCAUCAGAGGAAUUAAAUCAUUACCUGCUAAUAAACGGAAAAAAGGUAGAACAUUUGUUGAAGACGAAGAUUCUUCAGCAAAGGACUCAGAAAAAGAUAGUGAUGAGGAUUUUAGAACAAAGAGAGGUACCCAUCUCCGUAAGAAGGCUAGUGGUCGAUCUACUAUAUCUGCAAAUAUCAUCUCCCAGGAUAGUGAAGUUCGAACUUCAAGUAGGUCAGUUCGUAAAGUAUCGUAUGUUGAAAGUGAAGAGAGUGAAGAUAUUGAUGAGGGAAAAACGAAGAAGUGCCAAAAGGUCUCCCAGGAGGAUGCUGAAGAGGAUGAUACUGAUUCCAUUGAGAAGGUGUUGUGGCACCAGCCAAAGGGCAUGGCGGAAGAUGCUUCAGGGAACAAUAAUUCAAGACAGCCUGUUGUAUUGAGUUCCUUAUUAGACUCUGAACCAGAGUGGAAUGAAAUGGAGUUCUUCAUAAAAUGGAAAGGCCAGUCAUAUUUGCACUGUCAGUGGAAAUCUUUGUCUGAUCUCCAAAAUCUUAGUGGUUUCAAGAAGGUCUUGAAUUACAUGAAAAGGGUGACAGAGGAAAGGAAGUUCAGAAAGACACUGUCACGUGAAGAGGUUGAGGUUCAUGAUGUGAGCAAGGAAAUGGAGCUAGACCUUCUCAAGCAGUAUAGUCAGGUAGAGAGAAUAUUUGCUGAUAGAGUCAGUAAAGUUGGUUCUGAUGAUGUGGCACCAGAAUAUUUAGUGAAGUGGCAAGGACUCUCUUAUGCUGAAGCAACCUGGGAAAAGGACACUGAUAUUGCAUUUGCUCAAGAUGCUAUUGAUGAAUACAAGGCUCGUGAGGCUGCAAUGUCUGUCCAAGGAAAGCUGGUGGACUUCCAGAGGAAGAAGAGCAAAGCUAUUCUAAGGAAGCUUGAUGAACAGCCUGAGUGGUUGAAAGGUGGUAAUCUUCGUGAUUAUCAGCUCGAGGGCCUUAAUUUUUUGGUUAACAGUUGGAGAAAUGAUACAAAUGUUAUUCUAGCCGAUGAGAUGGGUCUUGGAAAAACUGUUCAGUCAGUUUCAAUGCUAGGUUUUCUACAGUAUGCUCAACAAAUCCAUGGGCCAUUCCUUGUUGUUGUACCAUUGUCCACUUUGUCAAACUGGGCAAAGGAGUUUAGAAAGUGGCUCCCGGAAAUGAAUGUGGUUAUAUAUGUUGGAAACCGUGCCAGCCGUGAGGUUUGUCAGCAAUAUGAGUUCUACACAAAUAACAAUAGCAGCAGGCAUAUUAAGUUUAAUGCUUUACUGACUACAUACGAAUUAGUAUUAAAGGAUAAAGCUGUAUUCACCAAGAUCAAUUGGAACUAUCUUAUGGUUGAUGAGGCGCACAGGCUAAAGAACUGUGAAGCUUCAUUGUAUACAACACUUUCGGAGUUCCGAACCAAGAACAAGUUGCUUAUCACUGGUACCCCAUUGCAGAACAGUGUUGAAGAGCUAUGGGCUCUAUUACAUUUCCUUGAUCCAGAGAAAUUCAAGAAUAAAGAUGAUUUUGUUGAAAAAUACAAGAAUCUAAGCUCCUUCAAUGACAUUGAGCUUGCUAAUCUUCACAAGGAAUUGAGGCCUCACAUUCUUCGAAGAGUUAUCAAGGAUGUGGAGAAGUCUUUGCCUCCAAAAAUUGAGCGCAUCCUCCGGGUUGAAAUGUCUCCCCUUCAGAAACAGUAUUACAAGUGGAUUUUAGAACGUAACUUUCACAACCUGAACAAAGGAGUCCGCGGAAAUCAGGUUUCACUUUUAAAUAUUGUUGUGGAGUUGAAGAAAUGCUGCAAUCAUCCUUUCCUAUUUGAAAGUGCAGAUCAUGGUUACGGUGGGGAUACCAGCAUUAAUGAUAGUGGUAAAGUUGAGCGCAUUGUCCUAAGUAGCGGCAAGCUAGUAAUACUUGACAAACUUCUGACGCGACUGCGUGAGACAAAUCAUCGUGUUUUGAUAUUUUCUCAGAUGGUUAGGAUGUUGGAUAUACUUGCAGAAUAUUUGUCACUCAGAGGGUUCCAGUUUCAGAGGCUUGAUGGUAGCACAAGGGCAGACCUCCGCCACCAGGCAAUGGAACAUUUUAAUGCACCUGGAAGUGAUGAUUUCUGUUUCCUUCUAUCUACUCGUGCUGGUGGGCUGGGCAUCAAUCUCGCGACUGCAGACACUGUUAUAAUUUUUGAUUCAGAUUGGAAUCCUCAAAAUGAUUUGCAGGCAAUGAGUAGAGCUCAUAGGAUUGGGCAACGAGACGUUGUUAACAUUUAUCGAUUUGUUACAAGCAAAAGUGUGGAGGAAGAUAUCCUGGAGCGUGCUAAAAAGAAGAUGGUUCUUGACCAUCUUGUCAUCCAGAAGCUAAAUGCGGAGGGCAGGCUGGAAAAGAAGGAAACAAAAAAGGGAAGUUCUAUGUUUGACAAGAAUGAGCUCUCAGCCAUCUUAAGGUUUGGGGCAGAGGAACUCUUCAAGGAGGAAAAGAAUGAUGAAGAUAGCAAGAAGAAACUUGAGAGCAUGGAUAUUGAUGAGAUUCUUGAGAGGGCGGAGAAAGUUGAGGCAAAGGAAGGUGAUGGGGAAGCAGGAAAUGAAUUAUUAAGUGGUUUCAAGGUGGCCAAUUUCUGCAGUGCUGAAGAUGAUGUGACUUUCUGGAGCCGUUGGAUUCAACCUGAAGCUGUGGCUCAAGCUGAAGAAGCAUUAGCUCCCCGUGCUGCAAGGAAUACUAAGAGCUAUGCUGAGGCCAAGCAGCCUGAAAAAAAUAAUAAAAGAAAAAAGAGGGGACCAGAGUUUCAAGAGAGAUUUCAGAAGCGGGGCAGUAGAUCUGCCGAUUUUCCUGUUCAUUCCUUGCCAAUGAUCGAGGGGGCAGCUGCCCAAGUAAGAGGAUGGUCUUGUGGCAACUUAUCAAAGAAGGAUGCCAAUCUUUUUGUCCGUGCGGCUAAGAAGUUUGGGAACCCAGAUCAAAUCAGCUUAAUAGUAGAAGAAGUUGGUGGUGCAAUUGAAGCAGCUCCUUCUCAGGCACAGAUUGAGCUAUUUGAGGCAUUGGUUGAUGGUUGUAGACAAGUGGUUAGAGGAAAUCCAGAGACCAAGGGAAUUCUGUUGGACUUUUUUGGUAUCGCUGUAAAGGCAUACGAUAUGCUAGAUCGUGUAGAAGAACUUCAGCUACUAGCAAAGCGCAUUAGACGCUACCAGGAUCCAAUCAAUCAAUUCCGACUAAUAACACAUCAUAAAGUUCCAAGUUGGUCUAAAAGUUGUGCCUGGGAUCAAGUUGAUGAUGCAAGGUUGCUUCUAGGAAUACAUUACCAUGGAUUUGGAAACUGGGAAAAGAUUAGGUUAGAUUCGAAGCUUGGGCUUACGAAGAAGAUUGCUCCUGGAAAUCUUGGACCUAAUGAGACUUUUCUACCACGUGCUCCUAUUUUGAGCGAUCGUGCUUCUGCUCUUUUGAAAAAGGAAUUUGCAGCCGUCGGCGGCAAGAGUACAAAAGCCAAAGUGGCUCGCAAGCCUCCUAAGAGUGACGGAGAUAACCUUCAUAAAUUCUCAAGUACUCGCUCUAAAGAAGUGCAGGGAAGAGUUCGUUUUCCAAAACAAAGUGUUGGAACCAUCAAGGAACCCCUGCGAAAGCGUCAAAAAGUCGAACCCAGGAUCAAAGAGGAAGGUGAAAUUUCUGAGUCCGAGCAGGAAAGGUAUCACAGUCAGCAGUUCCGGGAGGAAAAGUGGAGGGAGUGGUGUGAAAAUGAAAUGCAUGGUGAGAUGAAGACAUUGGGGCGUCUAGAGGAGUUGCAGACUACCAGUGAAGAUCUUCCAAAGGAAAAGGUGCUAUUUAAAAUUCGGAAAUAUUUACAACAUCUUGGGAGGAAGAUAGACGAAAUUGUACAGGAACAUGACUCAUAUAAGCAAUCUAGAUUGACCAAGCGAUUGUGGAACUAUGUCUCCACCUUUUCAAAUUUGCCUGGAGAGAGACUCGCUCAGAUCUACUCUAAACUGAAACAAGAGAAGCGAGAUGAGGCAGGAACUGGACCCUCCCACCACAACAGUUCUGCACCGGGACCCAGCGAUCGAGAUAGCGAUCCUAAUCAGUGCCCCCCCUAUGGUAAUGGAAUUCAGAAGCCAAGACCGACCUCUAAAUUCUCAUCCCACCAUCCUUCAGAAGCAUUUCACAGGGAUCAGGAAACGGGAAAGUCGGAAGCAUGGAAACGGCGUAGAAGAGCCAACAUGGAUGGUCAGCAACUCCAAGCUCAACCUUUACCACCACCGUAUCAACAACCUAUGAGCAACGGUGGUGCUGGGAUUCUUGGUUGGGGCCCAGCAGACAGUACUAGGCGCUUCAGUAGUGACAGGCCAAAUGGAACCCGUCAGCCCCAUUUCCUUCGUGGUCAAGGACACAUGUCCGAGCUCAAGUAGCAGAGAGUAUUGUCUUGACCGGCCUUCUACCUUGCCAUCAAAUAGAUUUUUUUUUUUCAUUACCAGAAUAAAAGAGUUUGCAGAUUGUGUAGCUUGAUCUAAAGCUGUUAUCCGGUACCGAGAAGCUUGUGGGGGCCACCAAAGGUGGCUGUGUAAAAGAGCUGUGUGAUGAGAAUCACGCAUGGAAGAAAGUGUUUAGUGAACUGGCAUCUAUUCGGGGAGGUACUAAAAUACAGGGAGGCAUGUGGGGCCUGUUGUAAUUUUUUUGAGGGGAUGAGGUCAGUCUCUCUUAAGUCUCUAAUGCACAGGAAGUACUGAAGGAUUUGCUUCUUACAUUGUUGAAAAUAUAUAUAUCUCCAAGAAAAGAAAAUUUGCAUAUAGGCUUUGUUUCUCUUUUUUCAUUCUCAGUUUUUUCAUGUGUUGUGGCAAGUUCAAUGUACAUUAUGCAAGCUUGCACAUUUCAACUUUUGAAUUUGCGUUUCCAAGUGAAUGCCGACUCCCUAGUUUUAUUA